UCCUUGAGAUGCUGGUUCGGCGAGUGGCGUAUGCUAUUGUUUUGAAGCGUUAGCGGAAACGGCUCUCUGCGCCGAGUGCACCGUCCAAAAAAGGCAAGCUGCCUGAAACAAUCGCCUGAGUUUUUAAUUUAAAUUAUUAUGUCUUCUAAUAGCAUGGCGGAUCCAAGGAGACCAAACAGGAUAUUGCGGUACAAGCCCCCCAGCACGGAGACCAACCCGACCCUGGAGGACCCCACCCCGGACUACAUGAACCUGCUGGGCAUGAUCUUCAGCAUGUGUGGGCUGAUGCUCAAGCUCAAAUGGUGCGCCUGGAUCGCCGUCUACUGCUCCUUCAUCAGCUUUGCCAACUCCAGAAGCUCGGAAGACACCAAACAGAUGAUGAGCAGCUUCAUGCUGUCCAUCUCGGCCGUGGUCAUGUCCUACCUCCAGAACCCGCAGCCCAUGUCGCCGCCGUGGUGACCCCGGCAGCAGUCUUAAGCCACGAUGAUGUCACCAUAAUAAUCUUUUUUUUUUUUUUUUUUUGUAAACGUUUGCCAGUCUUUUAUCAGGGAAAACAUGCUGAUGUUUUACAAGAUGAUGCAAAUAAAGUUGUUAUACAAAGAA